AUGCCAAGGAGAGUAGACCAGACUGUGGUUUUAUCGACUCAAUACCGUCAUUCGUACCGUGCUGGCGGGCGUUCCGGCACCGGCGCCCCUUCUCUUCUUCUGGCCACCGACCCUGUCCGCGCGAGGUGCUCACCUCGCGCGGACAGGGUCGGUGGCCAGAAGAAGAGAAGGGGCGCCGGUGCCGGAACGCCCGCCAGCACGGUCGUUGGUCCCACCACGAUGCCGGUCCCGGCAAGCACCAAGCCUCCGAUUGCUCCACCGCCAGUUCGUCGCCCCCUGCACGCGAGGAAGUCGGCGUUCAUCGGAUUCCCGGCCCACCCCAGCCCCGUCACCACGGCCGGCCCUGCCGUCCGCCUGUCCAUACUGUCCUCGCCGAGCAUGCCUAGGGUGGGCGGGGCGAGCGGGGCGAGCGGGGCGGCAGCGGCGGGAACGGCAGCGUCGAGGUCGACCGUGGGGCCGGCCGCGGUGGCGGUGGCGGCGACGGGAGCGACGGCAGUGAUGCCCCCCGCCGCGCCCUCGUUCCAAGCGGCGGCGGCGGCGGUGAUGCCCGCCGCGGUGCCCUCGGGGCAGCCCUCCCAGGGAUCGAUGGCGGCGGCAAGGUAUGCGGCAGCGGUGGCAAGCAAUGCGGCGGCGGCCGCGGCGGCGACGGCGGCGAUGUCCUCCCCCGCGCCUCCCGGGCAGCUCUUCGGAGCAGCCAGCUCAUGGUCAAGCGCCUUCCAGACCCAGCAACUCGCCCGCGAUGACAUGGACGUCGACCCGUCCAAGCUCGAGCGCAUAUCGACGGCAACAGCUGUGAUGGCUAGAGCCUUGGCGUCGGUUCUCCAGGCGAAGCUGAGCCUCGCGGGCCGGCCGUCCAUGUCCAAGGCCGAGGAAGAAGCCUUGCUCUGGCAGUCUGUCAUCGCGGACGCGGACCUUGCGCGUGCGCAGGCGGCGAUGGAGGAGCUCCGGGAGGCCGAGUGGGCGUCCAACCAGAUGGACGUUGACGACGACGAGGAGUACGAAGGGCCGUGGCCGAUGGAGGUGGACGGCUAG